ACUUGAGGAGAUCCAAUCCGAGGCUUGAUAGGCAGUCAACAGCAACAAAUGCUGCCUGCAAGUCACAUUGUCUCCUCAUACUCUGGACGAUGGUUGUUCCGAUCCGACCCCGCCAGGCAGUGACGACCAAUCAGCAUCUCUGCGGGCCUUGCCGGCAGCAUUCGGGGCCAGUUCUGGAAGCCGAGGCAGUAGAUAAGACAAGCUCAUCGGCAUCCAGCAUCCGGUCCGCCUCCAUUCCUCACGACCCAUGAAAUCCCAAGCAUACAGAAGCAAGCGAAGAAAGAUGUCCAAGUUAUCUCAUCAACUCAAGGCGCUGAUCAACGCCCCGGCAGCACGCCCCAAUACUGUGCCCGCGCCGCGCAACAUCCAGUCCGUGUACAAGAAGAUCCAACAAAGCGCAAAAUCCCAGAACCUCUCCCAACCAUCAUGGCUCGCUCUAUCGACAGCAACCACAAUGACCAUGAACUCUCCCGAAUCCCUCUCCGAACUCUUCCAACUAGCCAGCACCUCCCAAUCACCCAAGGAAAGCGUCGCAACCGCCGAAUUCAUGCGCGAAGUCGGUCUCAAAUGCAUCAGCUUCAACGGCAUCCCACGAACCAUCAACUGCCUCAACGCCUUCAAAGCCAGUCUCCCUGAAUCCAUCAGCUCCCAACUAUCGCAAACCCCAACCCGCACCCCCACCCAAGACAACAUCCAGGAGAUCUGCACCCGCGGCCAAAAUCUCUGGGACUCGAUCUACCGCCCCUUCGAGACGAAACUCUACAACAAGCUUGCGGACUCGCAUCCCGACCUGCCGGUUCAUAUCCUGAACUGCAAUUACGGAGCUCUGCUCUCGGACCCUGCGCGGACCACCGGCGCGAAUGUGGGCAGACUCGCGACGUCAAUUGUGGCUGUGUCUUGUCUUCGUGCGCAGACGGGUGUCGGUCCCCAGGUGACGUCGCAUGUGUUCGGACUGCGGAAGGCUAUCGAGGACGGUACGUGGGUUAAUGAUGUGGAGAGUGAGGAGGGGGCCAAGUGGUUGGCUAGUGAUGAGGGUAACACGUGGAUUAUAAAUAGCGUGGAUGAUAUCGUGGAGACGAUUAGUGAGGGGAUGGGAUCGAACUUUGCUCCUGCGAGGUCGGCUAAGAUAUAGAUUUGAUUUUUCUAGCGUUGUUUGGUAUAUUGUGGUUUUGUAUGAUAGUAGCCAUAUGGCAUUUAUAUACUCAUGAGAUUUUGAUUUUAUACAGUGCG